GCCGGGAUCCUUUUGUGCUAAUAGCCCCGUCCUCAUUUGCUGCCUAAUUGGACUAUAUAAAGGCAAUAACGGGCGGGCGCUCGUAGCCUCCAGCCACAGCAGCACGUCGCAGGGGGGGCCGGGGCCGCGGCGGCUGCGGGCAGGGGCUGCGCGGAGCCUUCUCCUGCCGGCCGCCUGCCUCCCCGCCUAAUCCCAUUUGCCAUUGUGCGUGCCCAAUCGCCGUGUGCUCCCCGCGUUUAACUUGGAUGACAUUUUGAUUUCAUCAUUAGCAUCCGGCGCCAGGUUGACGCAGCAGCAGCGGCGGCGGGAGGCGGCGGCGGCGGCGGCGGCGGCGGCGGCAGCGACGACCCCGGCUCUCCGCCUGCCCGCAGCAGCCCCCCGGUGCCGCGGGCUGAGCGGUUCCCCUCGGCCCCCCGCCCUGCCGCCCCCCCAUGCGAGGGGCCCUCGACCGGCCCCGCCGCCGCGCUCCCACGCCGCCCCGCCGCGCCUCUCCCCCGCCCCGCCGGGAGCCGCCACCUGCGCGACGGGCGCGGGCUGCGGGGCCAGCGGCGGGCAGGAGCACCGGAGGAUGCCGGAGACCGGGCAGGAGCCGCCCAGCGCCCCGCCGCCGCCCCCCAAGGAGUCCUUCUACAUCAAGAACCUGCUCAACGGCGACCCCCCCAAGCCGCCCCCCAAGCAGCCGCGGGCGCUGUUCGCCCCCUCGGGCAAGGCGGCGGUGGACGGCGCCGGCUUCGCCCUCUCGCAGGUGGGCGACCUCGCCUUCCCCCGCUUCGAGAUCCCGGCGCCGCGCUUCGCCCUGAGCGCCCACUGCCUGGAGCGCGCCCAGACCUGGUGGUACCCCUACGCCCUGACGCCGGCCGGAGCCCACCUGCCCCGCACAGAAGCCGCCGAGAAAUCCCUGCUGAGGGACUCGUCCCCCGCCUCGGGCACCGACCGGGACUCCCCGGAGCCGCUGCUGAAGGCGGAGGGGGAGCAGAAGGAGCUGGACUCCAAGAGCCCCGACGAGAUCGUCCUGGAGGAGAGCGACUCGGAGGAGGGGAAGAAGGAGGGAGGCGCGGAGGACUGGAAGAAGCGGGAGGAGAGCCCGGAGAAGAAACCCUGCCGCAAGAAGAAGACGCGCACGGUGUUCAGCCGCAGCCAGGUCUUCCAGCUGGAGUCCACCUUCGACAUGAAGCGCUACCUGAGCAGCUCGGAGCGGGCCGGCCUGGCCGCCUCCCUCCACCUGACAGAGACCCAGGUGAAGAUUUGGUUCCAAAAUCGUCGCAACAAGUGGAAGAGGCAGCUGGCGGCCGAGCUGGAGGCGGCCAACCUCAGCCACGCCGCCGCGCAGCGCAUCGUCCGCGUCCCCAUCCUCUACCACGAGAACUCGGGCGCGGAGGGGGGCGCGGGGGGCGGCGGAGCCCCCGGCACCCAGCCCCUGCUCACCUUCCCUCACCCCGUCUACUAUUCCCACCCCGUGGUCACCUCCGUGCCGCUCCUGCGGCCCGUCUGAGCCCGCCCGCCGCCGCUGCGCGGAGAGGCGCGCAAGUCACCGGCCCGCUUGUAAGUACCUCCAGCCACCCGUGCGAUUUCAGC